AUGGCGCCAUCAUCCCCAGUUUCUCUCGUCGGACCGCCGGAAAUCCACCGGGCCACCGCCUCCUCCGCCACCGGCUCGAGGGAUCCCUUCGUGGAUCUCCUGGUGGCGAACUUCAACGGCGCGGCUGCUGUCGGCAAAAACCCCCCGAUGGGCCUGACCGAGAACUCCUCGCCGACCUUCCUAUCGACGGGCAACGCCUGCCUCGAUUUCUUCUUCCACGUCGUCCCCAACACGCCGCCGGAUUCCGUCGCCCAUCGCCUGAAUCUCGCGUGGGAGCAGGACCCGCUCAAGGCCCUUAAGCUCAUCUGCAACCUCCGUGGGGUUCGCGGCACCGGGAAAUCCGACAGGGAGGGCGGAUACACGGCGGCGCUGUGGCUGCACGAGAACCACCCGAAAACCCUAGCGCGCAACAUCGACUCGUUCGCCAAUUUCGGGUACUCGAAGGAUCUGCUCGAGAUCCUGUUCCGCGUUCUGGAAGGCCCCGACGCCCGUGACCUGGAAAAGGCGGCGUACGAGGUGUGGAAGCAGAAGAACGAGAUAAUGGAGAUGGGGACGAUGAAAACAGAAUUGAAGAAGGUGUACGGCCGAGCCUUUUUCGGCCGCAGGAGCGUGAAAUCAAAGAGGGGCGAUAAACCUAAAAGUAUAAUUUCAGCGAAAUUGAGCCGAGAGGAGAAGAGAAUCGCGCGCGCGAGAAGAGCCAUCGAGAGGUUCGACCUCGACCCGGACUUCAAACGCCUGCACGAUUCAAUUUCCGACUAUUUCGCCCGUUGCCUGAGGUCAGACAUGGAGAUGCUGAACUCUGGUCGGCUCAACAAAAUCAGCCUCGCCGCAAAAUGGUGCCCUUCUCUUGACUCGUCUUACGAUCGAAUCACUCUUUUAUGCGAGACGAUUGCGAAGAAGGUUUUCCCAAUAGACGAGUAUGCAGAGUACGAAGGAAUCGAGGAGGCUCAUUACGCGUAUCGUGUGAGGGAUCGUUUGAGAAAGCAGGUUCUCGUGCCCCUCCGUAAAGCCCUCGAGCUUCCCGAGGUUUACAUUGGGGCAAAUGACUGGGGAUCCCUCCAGUACAAUCGUGUGGCUUCUGUUGCAAUGAAAACGUACAAGCGCUUGUUUAUCAAGCACGAUUCAGAAAGGUUCAAGGAGUAUCUGAACAGGGUUGGGAAAUCCGAAGCUAAAAUCGCGGCAGGUGCAUUGCUUCCGCACCAGAUAAUCUCCGCGCUGUAUUGUGAGGAUGAUGAUGAGGUGGCGGUGGCGGAGCUUCAGUGGCGGAGGAUGGUGGAUGACAUGGCGAAGAUUGGGAAGCUGAGAAACUGCCUGGCGAUUUGCGAUGUGUCGGGUAGUAUGGCAGGGGAGCCGAUUUUGGUGUCGAUAGCGCUCGGGAUUUUGGUGUCUGAGCUUAGUGAGGAGCCGUGGAAGGGGAAGGUCAUCACUUUCAGCGAGAAACCCGAGCUUCAUGAAGUGAAGGGGGAAAGGUUGAAGGAGAAGACUGAGUUUGUGAGGAGGAUGGAUUGGAUGAUGAACACCGACUUCCAGAAGGUUUUCGAUUUGCUGCUUGCGGUGGCUGUGGAAGGGAAGCUGAAGCCGGAGGAUAUGAUUAAGAGGCUGUUUGUUUUCAGUGAUAUGGAGUUUGACCAGGCGUCACUGAAUCCGUGGGAGACUGAUUACCAAGCGAUUGUGAGGAAGUUUGGGGAGAAGGGUUAUGGUGAUUGUGUGCCGGAGAUUGUGUUUUGGAAUCUGAGGGAGUCACGGGCUAUGCCAGUGGAGGCGGGCCAGCAGGGGGUGGCGCUGGUGAGCGGGUUCUCUAAGAAUCUGAUGAAGUUGUUUUUGGAGGAAGGUGGGAUUAUGAAUCCUGUGGCUGUUAUGGAUGCUGCUGUUUCAGGGAAGGAGUAUCAGAAGCUUGUUGUGGUGGACUGA